AUGCAAUUGCUACGAAAAUAUAUAGAGAAACUUAACAUAUCCAUAACCCAGGUGGAUUCGAAUAAUUCACUUGAGUUUUCUGUUAAUCAAUUGCUGGAUAACUACUUUAUAGUUCCAAACCAGGUUUCAAUUGAGCAUCCGGUACUUCGGUGUAACCUCGAGCAUAAAGAAACAAUUGAUUGUUUAGUUCAAUACUUGAUAGAUAACAAACUUUUUAACAAUCUUUUGACUUAUGGAUAUUCAGUGAAUAACCCUGAAAACGUGUCUUACACGCCCCAUAGUGUGUCAGUCAAUAUACAUGUAACACGACUUAAAGAUGUUUCUUGGGAAUUAUUACAUUUGAAAGUGGGAACGACUAAUUUCGUGGAGCUACUUCUUAAUUACACAGUUCUUGAGUACAAGGAUGGUUAUUUUCAACAGGUGGUCGGAAAUAUGAAUAAUAUUCCUCAUCGACCGCCCAAGUGGUAUACUAAGCAGAAUACGUUUAUAGAUUCAUCUACUGGUAACAUAACGAACAAGACAUUUAUUCAUAAGGUCUUUAAAAAUUAUUGUCUCUCUGGUCCUAACAAAAUAAGUUCGGAAAUUGAAGUUCUGGAAGAUAUUCUUUCAAGUGGUCAACAAGAUAUAAGACAUAAAUCAAAAAAAUUACCAUGGCAUGGCUGUAUAUCUGCAUUGAAAAGAAAGUGUAGAACUAAUCUCAAUUUUGAUCAUUUGUUGGACAAGAUUUGUGGACUUCAAACUCCAGAUAAAGUAUCUAACCAUUUGGAAAGGCAGAUGCCUGUUUCAGACGUGAAUAGAUUCAUUAUACUAGUUCUCGAAAAACUGUUACCGCAAAAGAUGUAUGGAUCAAGAAAGAACAAAUCAUUAUUCUUUUCACAUGUAUCCGAAAUGUUAAGGUUACCGAUUAAUGGUAAAAUGUUUAUCGAGGAUAUCCUACGAAAAAUAGAACUAAAGAGGUGUGUUUGGCUGGGUUAUCCAUAUAUUUCCAACUCUAGGGAACAAUUUUUGGGCUCAUCUGAACUUUUGGAAAAAUUUCUAAAUUGGUACUUUAAAAUCCUUGUUCCCAAUAUAGUAAUGUAUUUUUUUUAUUGCACAGAAGUAUCAUCUGGUAUCGAAGUAAUAUACUUUAGAAGAUCUACUUGGAAGUCGAUGAUUAAGCCAUUCAAAGAUAAUUAUUUUUCUAAAUAUUUGGUCGAAAAUCUUAUUUGCAGGAAUCAUGCCAGUUAUACCUUAUCAGAAUUUAACCAUAGUCGACUAAGAAUAAUUCCCAAAAAGGCUUCUGGUCAAUUUAGAAUGAUAUGUGUGCCAAAUAAGGGUGUAGACGAAAUAGAAAAUAAAAUAUACUACGCAAAUAAGCGGGAUGUGAUCUCACCGGUCCAGUCGAUAUUAAAUCACCUUCGAUUGAAACGAGAUACUCCAUUCGUAAAAAUUUUCUCAACUAUGCAGAUUGCAGGUGCUUUAGAAAUAUUCAAGACAAGACUCAUUAAAAGAUAUGGAACAUUACCAGUUUUACAUUUCAUGAAAUUUGAUAUUGAAUCUUGCUAUGACUCUAUCCCAAGGCGGAAAUUAUUAUAUGUAUUAAAGCAACUUCUUAAAAAAGAAGAAGAUGGAUUCUUUGUUAGAAGUAAAGGACGAUUAAACCCACAUUCUGGAGUUUUUUCGACAUACGACGUAGUCAAUGGCAUAGAUUAUAGAGGACCCCAUAGCGUUGCUCUUGACAAAGGGUGGGCUAAGUACUUAUCACCACAUGAUGUUACUACUGUGGUUGAGGAUGAAAUUUUUAAAACGGUUGUGUGGAUAAAAAACAAGUGUUAUCUUAGGAAAGAUGGACUUUUCCAGGGAUCAAGUCUAUCCGGACUUCUUGUAGAUAUAUUAUAUGAUGAUAUGUUACUCCACUACAGUGAAUUCCAUUGUAUUAAAAAAGAAGAAACACUUAUACUAAGGUUAGCUGAUGAUUUUUUGAUCAUCUCAAAUUGUGGCCGGCAAAUUGAGUCUAUAAAGCAGUUAGCGUUCAAUGGAUUUGAAGAGUAUAAUGCCAAAGUGAAUGUAGAUAAAAUCAUUAUUGAGAAUUCACAGCUUUCUCCCAACAAGAAAAUCCAAUUCUGCGCAUUGGAUAUAUCUAUACAGAAUCUAGAAAUAUGGAAACCCAGUGAUGCAUUAAAUAUUUCUAGAAUUUCAUCUCUGUCUUCUAAAGUUUUAUUUAACCAGCUUGAAUGGUUUUUUAACCUUAGACUCCAACACAACACAAUAAAUACCAAUCUGAAUUCUUUUGAUGUUAUUGCAUCCCAGGUCGGGUAUAUUACGACUAACAUAUCUACGGUGAUGAUUAAUGCAUUUCGAAAUAGAAAUUUAAAUUUUAAAUCGUUUAUAAAAUAUGUUAAUCGUAUCUUCAGCUUGGUCAUUGAACAGUGCUCAAACACAGGUGAAAAUUUGGGGAUCGAAUUUGAGGUAAGUAUCAGAGAAGAAAUUUUGCAUAAAUUUCUGUUAAGUUUUUCGAAACACCCUUCUCGGUACAGAAUUAUCGUUCAGUACCUCAAAGAUGAAGUUGAAAAAUAUAGAUAUAUAAGAAGUUUAUGUAUAUAA